AAAAAGGAAUGAAGAUUUCAUUUUUCUUUUUUUUAAACCCACCGCUCCCCUUCAGACGACCAGCGUUUCCAGCUCAAACAAAUAUCUUUUAACAACAUCACGUUGUGGAAUAGUCUGGCGCCGGAGCAUCGCUGGAACCAUGCCUCUUCUGCAGAUUUGGACUGGGAAAUUUCAUCCACCAAUUUGAUCAUCGGGAGGCUGCUGCUCAGUCAUUCAUGCCAGUGUUUGUUUUUUUAAGAGGAAGAAUACUUGUCAUCACUUUUAAAAGUAUUGUGUAUGCUGUUUUUUAAGCAAGAUGUCUGAUCUUCUGGUGUUGGUCGAGGGGCUCUGUGACCUGCACGGAUUUCCAUAGCCGGGGAAAACAGCGGGGGCCAAUUACGAGAUUUUUUUUAAAUCAAGAACCCUAUUUUAAUGAAGACAUCGCAUGCGUAGAUGUAGGGUAGAUUAUUCGACAUUUAAAAAAAAGACAAUUAUCUUUUAAUUGCCAAUUUUUACUUUGUGCAUUUUCUGGAGGACCACUGGACUGGUUGGAUUAUAGAAACUAUAUAUAAGGAUUUGUGGAGAUGUUGGGUCGUCAAGAAGAUAAAAUAUGUGGAAUUUUCUCUGCUCUGGCGGCUUUGUCCUUCUUCUGCUUUGUUCAAAGCUCUUCCACGGGAAGCACCGGAAUGUCUGUGGCCAAGACCACCGUGGACAAGUUGCUGAAGGGAUAUGACAUCCGAUUGAGGCCUGAUUUUGGAGGUCCUCCAGUCAUCGUAGGAAUGAGCAUCAACAUUGCGAGCAUCGACUCCAUCUCAGAAGUAAACAUGGACUACACCAUCACAAUGUAUUUCCAGCAGAGCUGGCGGGAUAAGCGUCUGGCCUACACUGAGAUGAAGCUGAACCUGACUCUGGACAACCGUGUAGCAGACCAGCUGUGGCUCCCUGACACCUACUUCCUUAACGACAAGAAGUCCUUUCUUCAUGGGGUGACAGUGAAGAACCGUAUGAUCCGACUGCAUCCAGAUGGCACUGUCCUCUACGGGCUGAGAAUAACCACCACCGCUGCAUGCAUGAUGGAUCUGAGGAGGUACCCUCUUGAUGAACAGAACUGCACCCUGGAGAUUGAAAGCU